AUGUCUAGAGUUGAUUGGGCUUUGGUUUCUUUGGAUUGGGAGGAUCAUUUUGGGAAUGUAUCUCAAAGGGUGCUUCUCUGGAUUAUUUAUGAUCAUUGUCCACUCUUGUUGGAAGCUGGUGGUUUUCGUAGGGGACAUUAUGCUUUUAAAUUUGAGAAUAUGUGGUUGAAAGCCGAGGGUUUUGUUGAGAGAGUUCAGCAAUGGUGGAAUGGGUACUGUUUUGUGGGGUCUCCAAGUUUCAUUUUAGCCCAGAAUCUAAAGGCUCUUAAAGGUGAUCUUAAGAAGUGGAAUAGGGAGGAGUUUGGUGACUGGGCUUUUAGUAAAAAAGUUUGUUGUCUGAAUUACUGGAGCUGGAUGCUAUUUCAGAGGUACGGGAGCUUUCGAUUGAGGAACAGGCCUCGUUGUACACAAAUUAGAUGGGAUAUUGAGUAUUUAGCUUCCUUGGAGGAGAUUUUUUGGAGACAAAAAUCUCGAGUUUUGUUUGUGAAGGAGGGGGACAACAAUACUCGCUUCUUUCACAGAUUAGCAAAUUCCCAUAGAAGAGCUAAUCAGAUUAACAAUAUUGAGGUGGAUGGGGUUGUAUAUGAGGAUGAGAUGGAGGUGCAUUCUCAGGUGGUUCAAUUCUACCAAGUUUUGUAUCAGGAGACUAAGAUGCAGUGCCCAUCUAUGGAUGGGUUGGAUUUUUCUUGUAUAGGGGAAGAAGAGAGAUUGUCUUUAGUGAGGGCUUUCUCUAAGGAGGAAGUCAUCUAG